AUGCCCUUCCAUCAGGUUAAGAUCGGCCAAUAUGAGCGUCCUUUCGACACCCUCGAGCUCCUAUAUCGUGGCAUUGCAGCAAUCGGCACACCUUAUCAGAAGGAGCAAUACCUAGUAUCCAGUGGUAUUCGGCUUAAAAAUGCACCCGCUGUGACGGAAUUGCACCAGGCUUGGAAGGCAUUACGGCACCAACACCCGCAGAUCGCAGCUGUUCCUGACCAGACAGGCUCUCGAUUGAUCUAUACAGUUCCUUCCUCGGAAAGCCUCAACGAAUGGCUACAGAAUACGUUUAUUGUGCACUCCAAUGAGACUCGCUCCGCGGAGAGUCUGGAUGCAUCUCUUCGGCCAUCCUCCCUAUUCAUGCUUCAUUAUCUGCCACAGUCAAGGGAGUUAUUAUUCCGUACACCUCACUGGCGCACCGACGGGAUAGGCCUAAUCCUAUUGCAGCACGACUUCUUGACAUUGCUUGUUCGAGGUUUUCAAUCUGCCUUAGAAUUCAAUGGCUCUGAAGUGUCACGCAUACCUCCAAGCUUGGAUGAGGUCGCUUGUAUCUCCUUGGACAUUACCGACGAAAUGAAACGAGCUACCGAGGCUGAGCUGUCCGUUCUUGCCACUGGCUCAGCACCAGCUUCCAUCAGCAGAACUCUUCCAAAUACUUCACCUGGGAAUUCGCGCCGCGUGAGUGCUCGUCUUUCCAAAGAUCUCAGUCAGCAACUCGUAGCGGCGAGCAAGUCUCGUGGCCUGACAGUCACGACAGCUGUCCAAUCCGCUCUUAUCGUCACUGCACGACGGCAUAUGGCUCCCGCGGACGGUCGCUUAAUCUGCUUCAACACAUAUAAUGUCCGCGAUCGGGUUCCGGUGCCCUGGAGUGGACCUCAGGGAGCGACUGGUCUGUACCAUACAGGUCGACCCUGUAGCGUUGAAUUGGGUGUCAACAAGGAUUACAAUGCUAUAGCUGCAACCUUGUCUGCCCAUUACCAGCGCGAUCUACAGCCACUGUUCGAAAUGAUGCCAUAUUACGUACAGAGCAUCGGCGCAUUGCUGGCGACGCCACUAGAACUAGCAAUCCAAGCACCGGGUGCCGCGCACCCCGAGCUCAGCUCACUUGGUAUCAUCGACGACCAUUUGCCCGCAGUUCAUGCUGGUCCCGCAGGCACAGCGGAGAUCGAAGACUGGUGGCUCGGUGUCCAAAUAAUCAACCGACUUUUGCAAACCUAUCUAUGGACACGAGUGGGUCAGCUGCAUCUUUCCUGCCAUUUUAAUGACGCUUUUUAUGAGCAGGAUUUUGUCGAGGGCCUUUUGAAGGAGUGGGAAUCAGUAUUAGUGCGAGAGUUGAUGGCCUAA